AGGUUAGGGAUCACUUUACCGGUUCAACCUGGAGUUUCAGCUUCCAUAAAUAAAAUGAUUCAGAGCCAGCUCCUUCAGUUCAUUGGAAAAUCCGCAAUGAAUCAAAUAAGCAGUGGACCCACAAGCCAUCAAGUCUUCAACCCCACGAACCUACUCCCCAUUGUUGUUCCCUACUAGUUCCAGUCCAUUUCGUUCUAUCUGCUAUUUAAUAGCUUCAACCGCAUUAUCACCCAAUUCAAUUUCAGAUUACUUCUUUAUAUCCCCUCUUUGUUUUUCUGAUUAUUGUUGUUUUUGGUUGGUGGGUUGCUUGCUGUAAUGUCGGAACCGUGGGUGAAAAUGGUGACCGCGCAGACACCAACUAAUAUUGCAGUGAUAAAGUAUUGGGGGAAGAGGGAUGAGACCCUGAUUUUGCCUGUUAAUGAUAGUAUAAGUAUUACUCUAGAUCCUGCACAUCUUUGUACUACCACUACUGUUGCUGUUAGUCCGAGUUUUGUUCAGGAUCGGAUGUGGCUAAAUGGGAAGGAGAUUUCCCUUUCUGGGGGUAGGUAUCAGAAUUGUUUAAGGGAAAUUCGUGCUCGAGCCUGUGAUAUAGAAGAUAAAGAAAGGGGUAUCAAGAUUUCAAAGAAGGAUUGGGAGAAAUUGCAUGUACAUAUAGCUUCAUAUAACAAUUUUCCUACUGCUGCUGGACUGGCUUCUUCAGCAGCUGGUUUUGCUUGUCUUGUUUUUGCCCUUGCAAAGCUGAUGAAUGCUAAAGAAGAUAAUAGUGAGCUUUCUGCUAUUGCAAGGCAAGGUUCAGGCAGUGCUUGUCGUAGUUUGUUUGGUGGAUUUGUUAAGUGGAACAUGGGAAAGGUUGAGGAUGGAAGUGAUAGCCUUGCUAUUCAAGUUGUAGAUGAGAAGCACUGGCAUGACCUUGUUAUUAUUAUUGCCGUGGAUUUGCAAACAAUUCAUUCUUUUGCGAUAAGUUGGAGAAACAAUUCAUUCUUUUGCGAUAAGUUGGAGAUUCGGGGUCAACGGUGCAUUGUAAGUUCACGGGAAAAAGAAACUAGCAGCACCACAGGAAUGCAUGAGACUGUUGAAACCAGCUUGCUUUUACAACAUAGAGCUAAGGAAAUUGUACCAAAACGCAUUGUGCAAAUGGAAAUGUCCAUAAAAAAUCGGGAUUUUGCAUCUUUUGCACACUUAACCUGUGCUGAUAGUAAUCAGUUCCAUGCUGUCUGCUUGGAUACAUGUCCACCAAUUUUCUACAUGAAUGAUACAUCACACAGGAUAAUCAGCUGUGUUGAAAAAUGGAAUCGUUCAGAAGGUACACCUCAGGUGGCUUAUACCUUUGAUGCUGGGCCUAAUGCAGUUCUAAUUGCACAUAAUAGGAAGGCUGCCGCCCAGUUACUGCAGAAGCUGCUUUUUUAUUUCCCUCCAAAUUCUGAUACUCAAUUAAACAGUUAUGUUCUAGGUGAUAAGUCAAUACUAAAAGAUGCUGGCAUUGAAGAUUUGAAGGACGUGGAAGCAUUGCCACCACCUUCAGAAAUUAAAGAUGCCGCAAGAUACAAAGGGGAUGUUAGUUAUUUCAUCUGUACGAGACCAGGUCGGGGUCCUGUUCUGCUCUCAGAUGAAAGUCAGGCUCUUCUCAGCCCUGAAACUGGGCUCCCUAAAUAAAAGGUGCAUUCAUUGCCCAUUUUCUUGCACUUCUGUUAUUAUGCUUUGCCUAGGCAAACAUCUCUCUGAGCCUGAUGAUUGUUUUCUGUAAUUGAAUUUACAGAUAAAUAAUUUUCAAACUGUUCUCAGUUUGUCUUGCAUUUGUUAACUUUCUUUUAAGCUUCAGGGUCCAUUUAGAGAUUAUUUGCACUCGAACAACAGUUCAUUUAAGUGUCUUUCAGUUGCAAAUCUUUAAAUAGUUCAGCCAGUAAUUUGAAAUUUUGUAUUUCUGAAAUUGUUAGUAAACCAGCAUCUUGUUGCCCUUGUCAU